AGUUUGAACAGCAAGGAGAAGCUGCACGCUCCGAACUUUCCCAAUGGUUUCCGUGACCAGAACCGUGUUUGGAGGACUGCCCUCGGGGGGAGGGACAGUGGAGAAGUUCCAGCUUCGGUCAGACCAGCUGAGUGUGGACAUCAUCUCCUGGGGCUGCACGAUCACAGCUCUGCAGGUCAAAGACAGGCAGGGGAAAGCCUCAGACGUGGUGCUUGGCUUUGCCGAGUUGGAAGGUUACCUCCAGAAGCAGCCAUACUUUGGAGCUGUGGUUGGGAGGGUGGCCAACCGAAUUGCCAAAGGAAGGUUCACAGUUGAUGGGAAAGAAUACCACCUGCCCAUUAACAGAGAGCCCAACAGUCUCCACGGUGGAUUCACAGGGUUUGAUAAGGUCCUCUGGACCCCGCAGGUGUUGCCCAAUGGUGUCCAGUUCUCUCGAGUCAGUCCAGAUGGUGAGGAAGGCUACCCUGGAGAGUUGAAAGUAUGGGUGACAUAUAUCCUGGAUGGUGGAGAGCUUGUAAUCAACUACAGAGCACAGGCCAGCCAGACCACUCCAGUUAAUCUGACCAACCAUUCUUAUUUCAACCUAGCAGGCCAGGGCUCCCCAAAUAUAUAUGACCAUGAAGUCACCAUUGCAGCGGAUGCAUAUUUGCCUGUGGAUGAGACUCUGAUUCCAACAGGAGUCAUUGCUCCAGUGGAAGGAACUGCCUUCGACCUGAGAAAGCCAGUGGAGCUCGGGAAGCACCUGCAGGGGCACCACAUCCAUGGAUUCGACCAUAACUUCUGUCUGAAGGAGUCGAAAGAAAAGAAGUUUUGUGCGAGGGUGCAUCAUGCUACGAGUGGGAGGAUCCUGGAAGUGCACACCACCCAACCUGGUGUCCAGUUUUACACAGGAAACUUCUUGGAUGGUACUCUGAAGGGCAAGAGUGGAGCGGUCUAUCCCAAGCACUCUGGUUUCUGCCUCGAGACCCAGAACUGGCCUGAUGCAGUCAAUCAGCCCCAGUUCCCUCCGGUUCUGCUGAAGCCUGGAGAGGAGUACAACCAUACCACCUGGUUCAAGUUCUCUGUCGCUUAAAGAAGAUGGACAGUGGGACCUGGUUCAGGGCCAGGUUGGUCCCUACUCACCUGCUUCCGCUUAGACGUAAUCCUGCGAGUUGUCAUAUAGAUGGCAGCUGGCGUAACAGUCAGCUUGGAUACUGAUGCCCUUUCCCAACAUUUGGCUACAGCCAUGUCUAAUGACCAGCUCUGUUCUCUUCUGCCAGUGCCAUCACCUAAAGUCUUUCCCUGAUGGAGAAAUGGUCCUCUGGACUCCCCUGAUUUCAUAGGCUCCGUCUCUCUAUCCUGGCUCUAUCUGGCUUCCCCUGCUUUCAUAGAUUCUGUUUCUCCAUCAUGGCUCCAUCUUGUCUAUUUUCUUCAAGCCUUCCUUUCUUUGACAGAACUCUGUUUUCCCGCCUCCUCUUUUACCUCAGACUACCCUCCAGAAGUUUUAACCAGGACUUGAGUUCAAGCUGUGAGAAUUCAAGUCCCCCUCUGUGCCCCUACCUCAGUCUGCCUAAACAUUCCUAGGGUCACUGAAGGACAAGCAGGGUUUUGGACCCUGCUCGUCAAAGCCUUUCUUCUCAGACUUACCAUAGGAGCUACUACAGAGAUGGCCGGGCAGUGAAGAGCAGACACUGCUCUUGCAGAGGACCUGAACCCACCCAUCAGGCGCUGGGGAGCAAGCACUCUCUUCUAGCCUCCGGAAGUACCACACUCAUGCACAUCCACAACAGUUAGAAAUAAAUCUUAAGUAAGAAAAAAAUCACUUUAGAAGCACUGGAGUGAGUUGAGCUAUCUUUUCAGACAUGAUGUGAUUUAAAUUGUAAGAUCCAAAUACCCAGAAUAAUUUCAAUUUUCCUGCCUUUGAGGCUAACUAGGAGCUUGGCUAAGGUGUAUUAAGAUGCACAGGCAUAGAAGGCAGGAGCCUCACACCAACAGUGCCGAGAGCAUUCGACUUUGCACUAGAAGUAGAUGCUCCCUUGAGAUGACACGGGCGGAGGGUUCUCACGUCCUCAAAGAUUACCUCAUCGCUGAUGUGCCUAGGCUGGGAUUUUGAAAAAAAAAAAAAAGUUUCUGUUAUUAUCUGCUACAGUCAGUUCAAAUAAAACCAAAAUUUUCAUCUUCAGAA